AUGCUGGUUCUCUGUAGUCUGCACGGCAGAUCCUUGGCUUUUGCAGCAUCGCUGUGUUAUCUCCGCCACCCCACCCCGAGGAUGGGGCGAAGGUGGCUUCAGCUUGUCUUGAUAGAGCCUUUCCUGGAAUCCCUCAGGGGCCUCACCCCCAGCCCACCCAGUCUCCUGCAGCUGGACACGGAGCUCCUAAACAAAAUGACUCAAGAUGUGCACCAGUUAGGUCUUGAAGUGCCAUCAGCUGUAGCAGAAAUUCCAGAUCCCAAGACCAUAGCCAGGCAUCCCCGCUCCCAGGAACUGAAGGCCAUGGAGCUCUCUGACAGUGACCGCCCCGUCAGCUUCGGCUCCACGUCGUCCUCCGCCUCUUCCAGGGACAGCCAUGGCUCCUUCGGCAGCAGAAUGACCUUAGUUUCGAACAGCCACUUGGGCUUGUUUCACCAAGAUAAGGAAGCCGGGGCCAUAAAACUGGAGCUGAUUCCGGCCAGGCCAUUUUCCAGCGGCGAGUUGCAGAGGGACAGCGCCGCCGGGCAACAGAACGCCGACGAGGGCGACGAAGGGCAGCCCCGGGCCCAGCGCAGAAUGGAGGCCAACGGGGCGACCCAGCCGGGUGCGGAGUCGGCCACCAGCCCCAAGCUCCUCUAUGUGGAUAGGGUUGUCCAGGAAAUUCUGGAGACCGAAAGGACUUACGUGCAAGACUUGAAAAGCAUCGUGGAGGAUUACCUUGACUGCAUCAGGGACCAAACAAAACUUCCGCUGGGGACAGAAGAAAGAUCAGCCCUCUUUGGAAACAUACAGGAUAUCUACCACUUCAAUAGUGAACUUCUACAAGAUUUGGAAAACUGUGAAAACGAUCCUGUGGCCAUAGCAGAAUGUUUUGUGUCCAAGAGUGAAGAGUUCCACAUUUACACGCAGUACUGCACUAACUAUCCAAGAUCAGUGGCUGUGCUAACAGAGUGCAUGCGGAACAAGAUGCUGGCCAAAUUCUUCAGGGAACGUCAGGAAACUUUGAAACACUCACUGCCUCUGGGCUCCUAUCUCUUGAAACCAGUUCAGCGGAUUCUCAAGUAUCAUCUCCUUUUGCAUGAAAUAGAAAAUCACCUUGACAAGGACACAGAAGGCUAUGAUGUGGUGCUUGAUGCUAUUGACACGAUGCAGCGAGUGGCCUGGCACAUCAAUGACAUGAAGAGGAAACACGAACACGCGGUCCGGCUACAGGAGAUACAGAGUCUGCUCACUAACUGGAAGGGGCCAGACCUGACCAGCUAUGGGGAACUGGUGCUCGAAGGGACCUUUCGCAUCCAGCGGGCCAAGAAUGAGCGGACGCUCUUCCUCUUUGACAAGCUGCUUCUGAUCACAAAGAAGAGAGACGACACGUUUACGUACAAAGCGCAUAUCCUGUGUGGCAACCUCAUGCUCGUGGAAGUGAUACCAAAGGAGCCUCUCAGCUUCAGCGUCUUCCACUAUAAGAACCCCAAGCUGCAGCACACGGUUCAGGCCAAAUCCCAGCAAGACAAGCGCCUGUGGGUUCUGCACCUGAAGAGACUGAUCCUGGAGAACCAUGCGGCAAAAAUCCCAGCUAAGGCCAAGCAAGCAAUACUUGAAAUGGAUGCCAUUCACUAUCCCGGUUUCUGUUACAGUCCCGAGGGAGAGACUAAAGCAUUUUGUGGUUCUAGAGACGGUUCUGCUCCAUAUCGGCCGAGAAGAAAAUCUGAACCUUCCUCAAGAUCACAUAAAGUCUUGAAGACCAGUGAAACAGCACAAGACAUCCAAAAGGUCUCCAGAGAGGAAGGGUCUCCCCCGCGGACCUCAACGGGACCAUCUCCCGCACAGAGGAACAGUCAGCCGAGCACUUCUGCCAUUAUCAGCGUGCUUCGUGGGGGAGGAGCCAUCAGAAACAUCUGGACGGACCACCAGAUCAGACAAGCCUUGUUUCCUAGCCGUCGGUCCCCUCAGGAGAAUGAGGACGGUGAAGAUGACUAUCAGAUGUUUGUGCCCUCUUUCUCCUCCUCGGAUCUGAACUCUGACAGACUGUGUGAAGACGGCACUUCCAGUCGCCCGUGCAGUUGGCACAUGGGACAGAUUGAAUCCACAGAAGCCACCGGCUCUGGCCACCGGGUCGUCAGGCGGGCCAGUAGCGCUGGCGAGAGCAACACGUGUCCCCCCGAAAUAAGAAUUCGGGAUGGUGGUGGCUCUCAGUAUAGCCCCCGAAGGGAACUGCAGAGUGGCCCUAAAACAGAAGGGCAGGAAGGAAUGACUCCCUUUGGGUCAUCCGUAGAGUUGACUAUCGAUGACGUAGACCAUGUCUAUGACAACAUAAGUUACGAGGACUUGAAACUGAUGGUUGCCAAACGGGAAGAAGCCGAACCCACGCCCCCCAAAACAGCCAGGGACUCUGUCCGCCCCAAGAGCACCCCGGAGCUGGCCUUCUCAAAGAGGCAGGCUGACCACGAGAAGACCUCUCUGCACACGAUGAGGGACGGAGCGCCAACUAGUCGCCAGGCGUCGAACCAAAGCACACAUGAACUCCAGAUGGUUGAGGAAAACAUCUAUGACACCAUAGGGCUCCCAGAUCCACCCUCACUGGACUUCAAAUGCAGCAGCCUGAAGCGUCCCAAGAGGAGCACCUUCUUGGGUCUGGACGCCGACUUUGCAUGCUGCGACAGUCUGAGGCCCUUCGUUUCCCAGGACAGCCUCCAGUUCAGUGAGGACGAAGCCCCUUACCACCAGGGCCCCUCUGAUAAUGAUUAUUUGAGUUUGCUCUAUAACUCUUUCAGCUGUAACCUGUCCCUAGCCGAUAAAUCGAUAUCUGAUAAACUGUCUGAAGAAGUGGACGAAAUCUGGAAUGACCUGGAAAAUUACAUCAAGAAAAAUGAAGUCAAAGCUAGAGACCGGCUCCUGGCAGCAUUUCCCGUCAGCACAGAGGACAUGCCGGGCAGGCUGUACUCCGAGAGCACCCCCGAGCUGGGCAGAGAGGCGGCACGUUCCGUGUCCACGCUGUCACUCCCGGAGGGCCACGCUUUCCUCACGCCGCUGAAAGACAGCGGCAGACCCAGCCGGGCCAACUGCCCAUUUGAGGAAGACCUGAUUUCUAAAGAAGACUCCUUUAUGAGUCUCAACCAGCUGUCUCUGGCCAGUGAAACGCCUCCCAUGGAAAAUCCCUACGACUUGGCCAACAGCGGUCUGUCCCAAACAGACUUGGAAACCCCUGACCCUGGGAUGGAUGCCACAGAUAAGACAAGAAGCAGGGUUUUUAUGAUGGCCAGGCAGUACAGUCAGAAGAUCAAGAAGGCAAAUCAACUCUUAAAAGUGAGAAGCCCAGAGCUGGAGCAGCCACUGGCCGGCCAGCAACAGAAGUCCACGCACAAAGACCUGGCGGCCAUCUUAGAAGAGAAGAAGCAAGGGGGCCCUGCCAUCGGAUCUUUUCUCAGCUUUGCAUCUGGGUCCUUUCUUGACAUGGUGGGCUACUACCGACGUUCUCCCCAACCAAGAGGAGGAGAUCGCUCCAAAGUCAUCUUCUGA